UCCCAUCAAAGGAUUCAUCACAGGAAGUGCACCUACACCACAGCGAAUACACGAACAGGCCCCUAUAUAUAACCUGCAACUACCAUGUACAGUAGAUCAGAAGUACAUCAGUACAGGCGAUAUUUAAUACCAACACAGGUGACAAAAGAGUGCAACCAUGUCAACAACUUUCAGCAUCCAGUUCCUCACAGUAGCUUGCAUGAUGGGACUUUUAAUAUCAUUUGGGGCCGAGGCGGCACCUUUCAAGAGUAGGCCAUCACAUCCAUCAUCAUAUCGACUGGUCUUGGAUCCAGAGGUCAGACAUUCAUCCGACCCGAUUCGUCCAAUAAAUAAUGACUCCAUCUCUCCAUGGACUUACACGUUCAUGCAUGAUGAGAACCUGUACCCUCAGCACAUUGCACAGGCCAGAUGUUUGCUGACCGGAUGUUUGAUCAAUGGCGUCGAGGUCCACGAUUACCAAUCCAAACCCAUUAUCAGUCAAAUCCUGGUCCUGAGGAGAAUUCAUGGUGACAAGCAGAGCUACUCCUUCAGACCCGAGUAUAAAACCGUCUCGGUGGGCUGCACAUGUGUUCGGCCGCAUGUUGAAUAUGUUUGAACCUGGAGUUACAUUUUGGGCUGUUUGUGACUUAGAUUUUGUUAAAAUAUCAGUAUUACAAGACUUAAUUUAUUCAUAAUGACAUCAUAAAUGUUUUUGCAUAUGUGGGCUAUUUAUUUAUCAUCACUAAACUUUUAUUUUAUUUUACAUUUAUGCUAAAUUUUGUGCUGUUUGUGACUUAGUGUUUUCUACUCACAAAUAUUAGUAUUAAAUUAAUUAAUUUAUUUAUAAUGACAUCAUAAAUGUGUUGCAUAU